GGGCUAAAUUUAGACAAAUUAGUAAUUAGUUUAACAGAAAGUGAAUGAGUAACGAGGGGUGAGUGUUAUGGGCGUUCUAGGUAUAUUUUUAACUUGUGCCAUCUGCACCGAUUGUUUCCCGUCAGCAAGUCUCUUCUCUUCAAUAAUGUUGUUAAAAGUGCUUUUUUAAUGAUUCCAUUAAAAUGUUUUCGAUAAAAUGCAGUAAUUUAUUGUUAGGCCUCUGCGUCGUACAGCUUUGUUCAUCAGAGAUAGCAUCGUUUUAUGGAUCUAGUUAUGUCAAUGUACCUUAUCAAGAUGCUAAAAGUACGACAGAAAUUAGUUUUGCUUUUCGUACGAAACAUUUGGAUGCUUUCCUGUUUUUGGCUGCUGGCAAAACAGACUACUGUUUUGUCCUGUUGGAAGCUGGUAGACUAAAGGUAAAGAUUAAUCUCGGAGCAGGAGAGUCGGAGAUAUCUUCACCAAGAGGACUUAGACUUGAUGAUCUUAACUGGCAUCUGGUUAACAUAUCGCGGAAAGAAGGAGAUUUGAAUUUGGCAGUUGAUAAAAUACACAUUGUCAGAGAAAAACUGCCAAUUGGAUUCUAUGAGCUGAAUAUGUAUGGUGGUUUGUACAUUGGCGGUCAAGGAGAUUUUUCUGAAUUAUUCUUAGGCCAUACAAAUGGGUUACGUGGUUGUCUACGAGAUGUUCGUUAUAAUGCAGUACCAGAUGUUUUGAGUAGAGCACGAUGGCGAACUGGUAGAGCCGAUGCUCAUUCAAUAUCUUGGGGUUGUGUAAAUGAAUUUGAUGCACCAAAAGAAUCAAGUAUAUCAUUUCUUGAAGAUGGUGCUUAUAUGGCUAUUCCUAGUAUAUUAACAUCAAGAACUAAUGUCAAGUGGCAAUUUUCCAUAAAAACAAUAUCUGAAAUUGGAUUGAUUCUUUACAAUUCUAAAAAAAGCUCAACAUUAAGUAGACAUAGUGGGAAUGUGGAUUUUGUUGGUGUAGAACUUGUUGGUGGUAAAAUACGUGUUGCUCAAAAUUGGGGUUCUGGUGUUACUGAACUCUAUUCUGAUGUUACUAUCAAUGACGGAGUUUGGCAUUCUAUUAAUGUUGCUAUGGAAGCUGGUGGACUUGAUGUAACUAUUGAUGCACCCAAACAUAGAUAUCGUUUGGCAUUAAAUAAUUCAGCUCUACCAUCAAAACAUUUAGAUCUUUCAACUAUUUUGUAUGUUGGUGGACUGGAAGUAAAUAUGAGAAGUGGAGCAUUAGCUUCUGGCAUGCUUUCAGCAGGAAAUAGUUUUAAAGGAUGUAUUCGAGGAAUUUCAAAUGAUGGACGUGCACUUGGUUUACCAGAUGCAUUAGAUACCUCCAAACUCAUAUCCCGUUGUGUUUGGUCAUACGCAUGUACAGAAAAACCUUGUGUUCAUUCACCUGACAUUGGAUGUUCUCAAGUUGGAAUAAAUUCCUUUAAAUGUGUUGGAUGUGAAAAUCACAAUGACCCACAAUGUGUUCGUCCUGAAUUUGUUCAAACACAUAAUGCAAUGUUAAAAGUUCCGUUACCAAUUUCUAUUGAAGUGUUAACUGUAAACAAUUUAAUCGUAGUUGAAGGUUCUACAGCAACUCUAACUACAUCAGUUAUUAGUUUGAUACUAGAUUAUAACCAUUAUGGGGUUCGAGAAGCAGGUGUUCAAUUUCAUAUUGUUCAACCAUAUGCUAAACAUGGAAAGUUGAAUAUUGAGUCUUCUAAAUCAUCUACUGGGAUUUCAAUCUCUACAUUUAACAUGCUCAAUAUUUUAAAAAAUGAGGUCUUUUAUGUUCAUGAUGGAUCUGAAAGUACUCAAGAUUUUAUAACACUUGAUCUUGAAUUCACAUCUAAUGAAGGUUUAUUGCUACCAGAUUAUUUACAAGAACGACAGAGAUUUAUAUUACCUGUUAAUAUAACUCCAGAAAAUGAUACACCAACUAUUCGUAUACCAUCUGAUUACAAUUUUAUUCUUGCACAGGGUACAUGGAAAAUGCUGGAUAAGGAUAAAAUAGUAGUAAUCGACCGGGAUUCUAGCCCUGAAAGACUUAUUGUAUCUAUAAUGAAUAUUAGUGGUGGUUAUUUAGAUACAACUGAUAAUCCAAAUGUACCACUAGAAACAUUUACCGUUGCUCAGAUGAAUAAUGGAUUUAUUGGUUAUAGACACACUUCAAAUGAAACUGGUCAUUUUACUUUUACUCUAAAAGUAUCUGAUGGUGAAAAAGAAAGUGCCAUUACAUUGAUACCUGUUAAUGUUUAUAGUUUAUCAUUGACUCAUGUUCAAAAUACAGGUGCCAUUUUAGCUUAUAAAUCAUCUGUUGUAAUUAGUCCUUCUAAUUUAACAUUUGUAACUAAUGCUGAUGAUCCAUCCCUUGAGUUGACAUUCAAAGUUGUAAAACAUCCAAAAUUUGGAGCACUAAAACUAAUUGACGGGGAACAAGCACAAGAUAAAAUUACUGUAUUUACUAAUCAUCAAUUAGAAAAGAAACUUGUCAGUUAUGUACAUAAUAGUGAAGGUUCUCCAACAAAAGAUUUUUUUAAAUUUGAAAUAUGGUCUGGUCAAGUAAAAUUAGGUGAAACAUAUAAGUUUGAAUUUAAUUUUGUUGAAGUACAUUUGACUGUGGAUGUCUUUGGUCCUUUAAAAUGGCAGGGGUCUAGUGAGACUGCAGUAAAAAGUGAUUCUAUUAAAGUACAAACCCAUCCAAUACUUUUACACCCAAGCUCCAUCAUUUUUGAAUUAACUAAAACUUCACACACCGCUUCAUUAUACUUAAGGAAUAAACCCUUGGUAGACGGUGAAACAUGGACUCAAAAUGAUGUAGACUCUGGUCUUCUGACAUUAAAACUUCACCAUGACACAUACUCUGCUGCCACAGAUUUAUUUGAUGUAAAAAUAAGUGCACCUCGCUGUCAACCAAUAGUGUCUAAGUUGUUGAAUUUUGAAUAUUCACCAAGUCCAUUAUUGGUUCAAGCAGUUUCUGCUUUUAUUCAUCCUUUAGAAGUUGUAGAAGGCAGUUCAUCUCCAUUGACUGAUAAACACAUCUCAAUUAAAUGUGUUGGUGUAAAUCAAUUACGUUAUGAAAUUUUAUCUGGUCCAGAACAUGGUUAUUUACAUUUAUUGAUUAAUAAUAGUACAGUUAAAAAUGUAACUGUGUUCACUGAAGAUGAUUUGUAUGAUAGUACAUUGUCUUAUUCACACGAUGGAUCUGAAAAUAAUUGUGAUUAUUUCAAAUUUUUAGCUACUUCAAAAAAUGCUAAUUUUCAAUAUGUUGGUCAAGUUAAUAUAUCUGUGCAACUAAUCAAUGAUAACCCUCCAAGUUGCAUGACAGAAGAAAAUAUACGUGUAGUCACAGGUAGUGAUAGAACUAUAACUAAUCAUAAUUUACAAUGUCAUGACAAAGAUAUUGAUACACCAGUUGCAUCGUUGAUUUUUACUAUAAAUUCAAUUUCAAAUGGAAUUAUAUUAAAUACUGCUAAUGAUCCAUUUACAACAGUUAUGAAAUUCACUCAAGAAGAAGUUAAUAAUGGAAAAUUGAUUUAUCGUGAUGAGUUUUCAGCUGAUACUAAACAAAAUAGAAAUAGUGUUGUGGAGCUUGGAGUAUUUGAUGGAAAACAUUCUAUUGAUCUUAAACUUCAAGUUGAAUCUUCUCCUCCAUUUAUAAAAGUAUUAAAUAAUUCUCAGUUAAUGUUAAGACAAGGAGGAGCUGCUACUAUAACAACUAAUCAUAUUUAUGCUGAUACUAAUUUAAACAUACACUCUGAUAAAAUUAACUAUCAAGUAAUAAAUGGCCCUGAUCAAGGAGAAAUAGAGCUUGGUACAAACCUUGAGCCUUUAAAAACUACUAUAUUUAGUCAAGCUGAACUUGAAGCUGGGCAUGUACGCUACCGUCAUAAUGGUGAUGUGGAAAGUGUUCGAGAUAGAGUAACCAUCCGUGUAACUGCUGGUAGUACUGUGUCUAGAGAAUUAGAAUUUGAUAUAAGGCUUUUACCACAACACUAUUGGGAACCACUUGAAGUUACUAAGAAUUCUCCAAUAAUAGUUGAUGAGUCUACCACUAUUGCAGUUACCAGACAAUAUCUUGAAGUAAAACAAGAUAUGGUGCCACCUUCAGAUAUUAUGUACUUGGUAAAAGAACCCCCACAUUAUGGUUAUUUAGAAAAAGAAUCCAAUGAAGAAGACCCUGGAAAUCCAGAAAGCAACCAUUUAACUACAUUCAAUCAAAGUCUUAUAAAUAGUGGUCACCUUUACUAUGUUCAAUCAACCAUGAAUCAAAGUACUGAUCGAUUGGUCGUUGAUAUUACAAAUGGAGUAGUUUCAUUAUAUGGUCUUGUUAUAAGUUUUGUGAUUGUGCCAAAAAAUGUAUAUUUAACAAGCUCUCAGCUUAAUGUUAUUGAGGGAGGAAAUGUGACUUUAAGCGCCGACACAUUUCCAGUUAUGAGUUCUUAUUACACAGAUAGAGUAUCUCGAUAUUCAUUGGUUAGUGCUCCAAACCAUGGGCGUAUUGUACGAACUACUGCUGACAGUUUUGAUCCAACUAUAGACUAUUGGAGUCCCAAACAACUAGCGAGAUCACAAAUAAUGUAUGUUCAUGAUGGAUCUGAGAGUACUGACGAUAGUUUUUCAGUUAAAGUAGGAGUAUCUGAUGAGAAAGAAAGUGCUCCAGUUGAUAUAGAAGUUAAAAUAAAUCCAGUAAACAAUCAAAGACCAUUGAUUACAAGAAACACUGGUAUUAAAGUUUGGAAAGGUGGAAUUGGGCUCAUAACUUCAGAUAACUUGACUGUUGAAGAUAAAGACACGGAUGUUUCUAACUUGACUUUUAUAGUAUCAUCAUCUAGAUGUGGUCAUGUAAUUAUAGAAUUGCAACGAACUGAAAAAUUUACUCAAGCACAAAUUGAUCAGAGUAUUGUUUAUUUUCAACACUCAGGAGAAUUUUGUGAUGGUGAAUUGGAACUAUCAGCUACUGAUGGUCUACAUUCUACGGAGGUUGUACUAUUUCAUAUAAUAGCAGAACAAGCCUCCGUGAAAAUUUUAGUCAAUAACCCUCUGCGGGUAUUUCCAAUGCUUGGACGUCAAUUGACUAUUGACCAUUUAAUGGCUCAAUGUGAUGAUCCAAGUUAUCAGGUUACUUACAUUGUAAGAAAUGCACCAAGAUAUGGCAUUGUGUCUAAAAGUGCUUCAUAUGAAGAUUCAAAUCAAAUGGCAAUUACAAAUUUUACACAAAAAAACAUAAAUGAAUCAGCUGUGUGGUAUCAUCAUCUAUCAAAAUAUUUUUCCAGUAACACUACCAAUGAUAUUUUUACAUUUGAUGCCAUGUGUGAAUAUGCUAUUCCAAUUACUAAUCAAACUUUCAAUUUAGAAAUUACUGUAUCAUCUGGUGGUCUUGAAGAACUUUUAAUUGGUGAUAAGACUAGAGAACUUGUGGUUAAAGAAGGAGAAUCAACGAUUAUUGACUUAAAUACUACUGCCAUUUUAACAUUUUUAGUAAAUAGCAUUGGCAUUAGAUCGCCAACUAUCAAAAUUGAACUCACAAAUGAACCUAAGCAUGGUAAUGUGUGCCUUGAUGAUGAUUGUGAUCGACGAACAUUUUCCCAGGGUCAUAUGCGACGUAAUCAAGUCAGAUAUGUACAUGAUCAUUCAGAUACCUUAUCUGAUAGUUUAGAAUUUUCCGUUUACUUGGACAUUGAUCCUACUGCUGUCCCUUUAUGUAAUGUCACCAUUCCAGUAAGCAUCAUACCUGUAAACGACCAACCAUUCUUUUUAACUCAGUCAUAUCCAAAUUUAAGACUUGUUCAAGGACAAUCUGUAACAUUGACUAGAUCAGAACUGUUGACUGAAGAUCCAGAUACACCACCUGAACAAAUUGUUUAUGACAUUGUAACUGGACCUGCCUACGGUACUAUCUGUUUGGCUGGUAUUAAAAAUUCUGUUAGAUUCACUCAAGCUGAUAUUGAUGCUGGCGAAGUAGUUUACAAACACGAUGGUCAGUUGAAUCCUACUACAUUUUAUUUUCGAGUAUGGGAUGGUCAGUUUAAUCCAGUCUAUAAAGUCUUUCAAAUAUAUGUCAUACCUGUUACUCUGAAUGUAACUGUGUCAUUACCUUUGCCAUUACUUCAAGGAACAUAUGAAACUGUAGUGAAUGAAAAAUUAUUCCAAGUCGAGACAAAUGGAGACAAGGAUUCUGUUGCUUACAAUAUCUCAAUGAAUCCUAGGCAUGGAAUUGUCUAUGUAAAUGGAACAAAAUCUAAAUUAUUUUCUCACAAAGAUUUAAAAGAUGGUAGAGUAAUUUAUAGACAGACGGAUUUGACCUCUGCAGCAGAUGCAUUACGAUUAUCUGCUCAAAUGCAUUGUGAACAAUCUCCUAUAAUUAAAGAUUUGUGGUUAAAUAUCAGUGUUGAACCUUUGGUGAAAACUGGAGCGUUUUAUCCUCUAACAGGAUUAAAAUCACAACUUGGUGUCCAAGUUUUGAAUGCUGAAAUAUUAGCAAAAACCACAAGUUCUGAUCCAAAAUACAAAAUUUUAAGAAAACCAAAGUUUGGAAAAUUGAAAAAAAUUGUUAGGCGGUCAGGAGACAAACAAGUAAUUCGUGAAGUUGAUGUUACAAAAUUUUCACAUGGAGAAAUAGCAAGUGGAAUAGUGUAUUUUGUGGCAAAAAAAGUACUAGAACCAGUAGAAGACAGUUUUCCAUUUUUAUUAACAGCAAAUGGUGUUCAACCAGCGAUUGGUGAAUUGCGAUUUCAUGUAUCUGUGGCUGAGCCACCUUCUACUACAACACCACAUUUGCCUACUACCACAUUUAAGUAUUCCUUAACCUCUGUCAGCAAAAAACCAGAUAUUGUAGAAAUAGCGAGACCAAAUAUGAGUGAUGACUAUUUGUUAUGUGUUGGGUUCAUUAUGGCUGUAGUGGUAGCGUCCCUUGUCAUUGUUGUUCUUAUAAGGUGUAGAUCCAAGAAACGCGCAGAAGAGUUGGAUAAAAUGAAUCCCAUGCCUUUACCUUGCCCUCCUGAUGAUUUAAUGACCACGUCUCCUAGAAUGGACAAAAAUGAAAAUCACGGAUGUAAAGUAAUAGCUUUGGGUCCACCAGAACAUACUGAACCAGAGACUGAUUUUAAUAUGAGAUAUCCAUAUGGUGCUGCUGAUGAAGAAUACAGUAGCAGUGCUGAUGGUACAGAACAAAAUAAUCCAAUGCUUAGAAGAAAUCAAUAUUGGGUUUGACGUAAGUAGUUAAUAGUAUCAAACUAUUAUUUAUUAAGUUAAAUAAAUUUAAAUAU